AUGGGUGUCAUACGAAAGAAAACCAUCUCAAGAGGGAGUGAGGGUGGUGUCAAAUACGUUUGCGACGUCUGUUCAUCAGAUAUUACAUCCACUGUCCGCAUUCGAUGUGCCGACGCAGCCUGUAAUGACUUCGAUCUUUGUGUUUCGUGUUUCGCCAAAGGUGAAUCUCGAAAUGCUCACAACCCCGCGACGCACGCUUUUCGUGUAAUCGAACAAAACUCAUUCCCCAUCUUCGACCGAGAAUGGGGAGCCGACGAGGAACUGCUUCUCCUUGAGGGUGCAGAGAUCUAUGGUCUCGGUUCAUGGGCAGACAUUGCCGAUCAUAUUGGUGGUUUCCGAGAGAAGGACGAAGUUCGCGACCACUACUUAUCAACCUACGUCGACUCGCCUGCCUUCCCAUUACCGAAAAGAUGUAGCCCCCACGACUGCGAGCUAGCGAACGAGAUUCCUCGGGAAGAAUUCCAGGCUCGCAAGAAGCAAAGAAUAGAGGAACGACGAGAUGCAGCCAAGAAUGCGCCAGCCUUACAACCCAAGACGAAACCGACAGCCAGUGUACCCAGUUGUCACGAGAUUCAAGGAUACAUGCCUGGUCGUCUGGAGUUUGAGACGGAGUAUGCGAACGAGGCUGAAGAAGCUGUUCAGCUGAUGCAGUUUGAUCCUGGUGAUGGACUCAACCCCAGAACUGGCGAGCUUGAGCCUGAAAUGGAACUCAAGCUUACAGUGAUGGACAUCUACAACGCGCGUCUGACACAACGUGUGGAGCGGAAGAAGGUCAUCUUCGAACACAACCUGCUUGACUACAGGGAGAACACGAAACUAGAAAAGAAGCGCACAAAGGAAGAGAAGGAUUUGUUACAAAAAGCCAAGCCAUUCGCCCGAAUGAUGAACCGUCAGGAUUUCGAAGAGCUAAACCAGGGUCUACUUGAUGAGCUCAACCUAAGACAAGCCAUUACGCAAUUACAAGAGUGGAGGAACAUGCGCAUUGGGGACCUCCGAAGUGGUGAGAAGUAUGAGUCAGAGAAGGCAUCGCGGAUUCAAAAGUCCAUCCCCAUGGGCUCCAUGGAUCGCGAGCGCCUGGCAUCUGCUCAGCGGUCUAAGCAACCUCCUCCACCUGAGCCCGCAAGUGGAGCAGCUCUUUUAAUCGCCCCAGAACUGCCGGCUCGAAUGUUGCCUCCUGCCAACCCAGAGGUAAAUGGAGAGACCAAGGCAUUGACGAAUGGUCACUCCGAGCAAACCAACGGUCAGACAAAUGGUCAGGUCAAUGGUGUCAACGGAGUCAAUGGCCACGGUUCUGCUCCCAAACAAAGAUACACGGCCCAGCCAAUAUCAGGUGUACAGCCCAUGUCAAUGACACAAGACACAGCCCCAGACUUGCAUCUCCUGACACCAGAAGAGGCCAAACUGUGCGAAGUUAUCAGACUACAGCCCAAGCCAUACCUGAUGAUCAAAGAACAGAUUUUCAAGGAGGCCAUGAAGAGCAACGGCACACUCAAGAAGAAGCAAGCAAAGGAGAUUUGCCGGCUGGAUUCACAAAAGGGAGGGCGCAUAUUCGAUUUCUUUAUCAAUUCGGGAUGGGUGGGCAAAGCGUGA